UUGACCAGCAAAGGGUUUUGGUAAGAGAGGGCUGGGGAGUGAGAAAUAGCCAGCCCUUAUUUCUUAUGCUUCAACAGAUAAACUGCAUUUCAAUUUCUGGGGCACAGAAGAAGGGAGGGGGGAAGGUAAUUACAAUCCCUAGUUCUUAUCAGGGGUAGACCUCAGACUGCUUUACAAAGCAGGGCUGGAUGGGGAAACUGAGGCGCACAGCUGCAAAGUGGCUUGCUCACGUGACUCUGCCUGCCUCUGUAAUCGCCACCCAGUCAGAAUGGUUGAUACCACCUCUGAGAGCCUCCUGCCUGCCUGGCCAUUUCCUAGGAGCUCUUGGACCUUGUCUCCCACCCCCUACAACCUUCCCACGUUCUCUCUAAAAUAGGAACAGCCACAGAAUCGGGGUCAAAGUCCAGGGUCGGCAGGAUCCAGGAUUUCCUGCUGGAGUUUGCAAAGAGCAGGAAUUUCCAUGGACGUGGGGGCCAGGGUGGAUCAGAAAAUCCCAAGCGGUUCCACUUUAUUUUGUAUCUCUGUGGUGACUAGGGGCUCUGCCCUGCCAAGACAGUCCAGCCCUGGAGAGCUUUCAGCCUAACUAGACAAAAGGCAGAAGGAGAAACUAAGGCACGGUGAAAGGAAACAAGUGGCCUAAGGUCCUUGGCGGAGCCACACCUGGUUUUCAGUAGCCAACAGUGAGGAUGCUUUGGACUCCAUAGAAAUGCUGUGAGAUCAGGGGAUGUAGGAGGCUUCAGGAAGGUAAAAAGCUGGGGGUCCUGGCAGCCUUAUGUGCUGGGGAAGCUGCCUGCAGCACUGGCUGCAUACACAGGGGACUGGGAAGGGCUGAAGGUUGCCCUGAUUCUCAGCUGCCCCGAUCCUGCAUUCAAGGUACGUCUGGGGAGAGGUGGCUGUGGGUCUCCUCUUUGCAUCUUGCCCAGCCACAGCCCCCAUCUGCCCCUGUGGGGCAGAGAAUAGUCGGAGCGCAGUGUGCCCCAGCCAUGCCCCCAGUCUGCCCCCCUAUGGGCCAGCCACACCCCCAAUCCACCCCCCAUGGGCCAGCCACAGCCCUCAUCUGCUCCUGUGGGGCAGAGAAUAGCCGGAGCGCAGUGUGCCCCAACCAUGCCUCUGGUCUGGGCCCUAGGGGGCCAGCAAACAGCCACAGCCCAGUGUGCCCUGGCCAUACCCACAGAUCCAGCCCCUACAUCGGGCUGGGCACAAGACCUUUGCACUAACUCCAUGCCAACUGCAGGUGGGGGGGAUGGAUUUUCAGGGGGUUGUUUCCACCCCAGUGUGGCACAGGGAAGCCUCAGCAUGACUGAGAAUCAGGGCUCACUUCGGCCAUUGUUGGCUUCUUUGCAGGCUUACAGCCUCCCAUGGGGCUGGGGUUCAGAGUCGUCCCCGGGCGGGAUGGGGGGUGGACUCUGGAUCCUUCUGCAUUUUUUUUUUUAUUUUUUUUAUUAUUAUUUUUUGCUGCCUCUUCAAAGGUUUGGAGCCUGUUUGCAGAAUUCUUGGUCUGUUUGCUCAAGAUUUAAGGACUCCUCCAGCAGGUUCAUUUUCCAGAGGAUGGUAGUACCAUGGAGUGGGAAAGGCCCAUCCAGACAGGACAUGCAGGGUGAUACUGAAAGCAAUCCCAUGUCAUGUUUUAUUAUGGGGCAACGCAGGAGGGUAGUGGGUGGACCCGGAGAUGCUGGGCAUCAGGACUCCUUUCCCAGGUUCUUUUCCCAGUUAUCAGAGGACAGGGGUGUCAAGUGGUUAGAGCAGGGAGGCCUGGGAGUCAGGACUCCUGGAUUUGAUCCAUAACUCUGGCAGGGGAGUGGAAUCUAGUGGGUUAGUCAGGGACUGAGUACCAGGGCUAUAAACUGCCAAGCUUAUAGGGGCCGGGGCGCAGCUCUGUGAAAGAGCCCUUCUAAAGCGUUUAGCGUAAGGGGCAGCGAGGCAGGAGAGUGCUGGGUUCUAAUCCUGGCUUUGCCCCUGACUUUUUGUGCCCUUGACACGUGGCUGAAGCUCACAAGACGACGGGCACACGCCCCCCGAUUAAGGUGCCUGGAUGUCAUCCAUCCGCGUAAUCUGUCCAUAUGCCCCUCCACUGUUCCCUUAGCCGGCCGUGCAAUGCUGGGCAAGGGGGAAUCUUUUCCUGCGCCUCUUAGCGCUCGCCCAGUACCCCAAGGCCAGGCUCCAGCUCGCCAACGAAGCAGGUGGCCUGGAAACGGCUGAGCAACAAUCAAGGGCGGGGCGAGUUAUGGCCUCCUGAGGCAUAACAAACAAAUCACGCGUUGGUUGGCACAAAAGCAGCUAAGGAACAAACAAGGGAACGGGGAGGAGGGUGGUUGGCUCAGCCCAGGCUGGAGAAUUGGCCUGCUGGGUUUGGCUUUCGGUUCUGCUGGCUGGCAAAGGAGGAGGCAGAUGGAAGGCGGUUCCCGCGGGCAGCGGAUCUGCGUGGUCAGUUUUGUUUCGAGGCAGGCACUGUGGCAGGCAGGCAGUGCUGUAGGAGCGAGAUUUUUGAGCCAGUGGGGAGGUGGGGGCCACAGGCUGGAGUUUAGAGCUGGCACUGAUUGGGGGCUGGUGAGACCACUGCCUGUCCCACUGCCCAGCAGUCUCCCUGUGUCCCCCCUGGGCGGUCUGUCUCCACCUGUCUUGUACUCAGAUUGGCAACUAUCUAAGGAGUGGCCUUUUGUACUGCACCUAGCACAAUGGGGUCCUGGGGCAUUGCUAGCAUGCCCUCUGCCCUACCAUAAUACACCCAAUAGCCGUCAAAAUAUACCGUGUCUGGCACAAUGGGACCCCAGUCAAGGACUAGGAUGCCUAGAUGCUACCGUAAUGCACCUAAUAGGAUUGCAAAUGUACACAAUUGGGUCCUGGUCCAUGAUGGGGUGCCUAGGCACUACUGUAAUACACUUAAUAAUACUAGUGUUGCCCCUUUGGCCUGAGCCCCUUAGAUAAUAUUUGGGGACCUUGCAGGGUUAUUUCCAUUAGGAGGAAAAAAAUCAGUGGUCACCAGGUGUUUGUUUACAUAGAAUGUGCUGAAAGUCCCGUGUCCCUGAACAAAGUAGGCAGAAACAGCAGCAGGCAGCGUCCUCGCUCAGAAAUCCCCAUGUCUGCCCAUCCAGUGGUUCUGUGCCCAAGAAGCCUGUCCCUCUUCUACUUCUACGGGUCAUGCUCGUAAUUCUUGCUUCAAGACAUCAGUCAGUUGCUUGCAGGGUCAGGAAGGUUUUCCUCUCCCUUCCCCCCCCCGCCCCCCGAUGCACAGUUGUAAUCUGGGGGUGAAGAGGGCAGAUUUCACCUUCCUCUGAGGCAUCAGGGAUUGGCCACAGCUGGAGAUGAGACACUGGAUGGGAUGGACCAGCACUGGGGAUGUUUUUAGAUGCCUGGCUGGUGGGUCUUGCUGACAUGCUCAGGGUCCAAAUGAUGCCCAGAUUCAGGGCCAGGAAGGAAUUUCCCCCAGGUCAAAUUGGCAGGGACUCUCACUUAAUCAAUUUUCUGCCAUGGUGUGGGCCUCAGGCCCUGCUGGCCCCUGGGUCUCUGCUGGUCUCUGCCUACGGUUUGCAGUUUGAGCUCAGUCGAGUUCUGUGUCUGGGUGUUUGGGUGGAAUGGAAUGUCCUGUUGAGUGCUCUGCAGGAGGUCAGGCUCGAUGAUUUAAUGCUCCCUUCCAGCCUGAAAAACUGUUUUGCUGGCGCUCUGCCUCUGCCAGCCACGUCCUACAGCCCGUCUCCUCACCCGUGUGUUGGCAACCAUCAAUCCAUUCUUUGACUGAGUCUGCGGGUACCCCUGAUAGUCAGCAGCUGCCUUCACUACCUUAGGGGGCUUGGAGGACUCCUCUGGUUGGUCCUAAAGGAGGGUGCAGGCCAGGCCGCUUUGGCUUUAAUGAGAUCUCAGAUGGUCGUGGGAUGCAAGGCUCCACUUCUGGCUGACAGGGGGUCCCUUUCUGCAGACCAGCCGUAAUAGCACCAGGAGUGGUUCCAUGACACGAUCCCACAGCCGCUGAAACUAGACACGUUCAGACUGAAAAUAAGGCGUCGAUCUUUAUGACAGGAUUGGCCGGACCCGCUCCCAGUAGGGGCAGUCAUGCGCCCCCUGCCGAUGCCCAGGCUUUGUCCAGAUGCCCAGGCAUCCCCAAAACGCUCGCGGGGAUUGUGAAGGGGGGAGCCGGAGAUGCAGGGGGACAGCGUGGCCCAGAGCUUCAGCCUGGCUCUUCUGAAAUCUCAGAUGCUUUCCGUGUGCCGAGGAGAGCCGGCGCUGGAUGCGGCCAGCUGCAGCGUCUGCACAGCCUCCGUGGAGAAACGGAUCAGGACCGAGCAGGCCUGCCGGCUGCACGAGCGGGUCCUGGAUUCCCUGUCCCGCUUCCAGGACUGGCUGCGGGCGGCGGAGCUGUGGGCCGCCUCCCCCGCUUCCUCCCAGGUGCCCUUUGCUGUGGCCAAGGAGGAACUCAAAAAGUUCGAGGUGCUGCAAAGGCAGAUCCAGGAGAAGUUGCACCAUCUGGAGUCCUUAAACAGGCAGUACCGGCAGCUAGUUCAGGCAAAUGGCAUCAGUUUGCAGGGCUGGCUCCGGGCCGCGGUCCAGGAGAGCAACCAGCGCUGGGACAACCUCCAGAAACGAGCUGCUGCCAUCCUCAAGAGACUGAAGUAUUUUGUCAGCCAGCGGGAGGAGUUUGAGUGGGAGCGGGAGACCGUGCAGGUAUGGCUGACGGAGCUGGAUCUGCGGCUCACCGAUGUGGAACAUUUCUCUGGGGGCAGCUCGCUCGAGAAAAUGAUGGAGCUGCAGGAGUUCCAGGAGGCCGUGCGGUCUAACGCGGAGCGGCUCGACUGGCUGCUGGUGUCCGGCGAGCGGCUGAUCCAGAGGAGCGAGCCGCAGGAUGCCCAGAUCUUAGAGGAGGAGCUGCAGGAGCUGAGCUGCUACUGCCAGGAGGUCUUCUGGCGGGUGUCCCGCUUCCGCCGCCGGCUGGUCAGCAUGAGGCUGGUCUUUGAGGACGAGUGGCUGUCAGACCGAGACACCGAUGUGGGGUCUGACUGCUUCACAGACGUGUCCCCGGAGCCUGAGGGAGAAGCCAGGGGGCCCCCUCCUGCCGCUUGGAUCUACCAGUCCACCCCACACAAGGCUCUCUGCUGCCGGCGCCGCCAUCCGUUCGGGGCUGCCUGCGGGGGCAGCCUGGACCUGGAGUGGGACCCCUCGGUGGAUGUGGGUGGGUCCACAUCUCAUGACGAAGAGGAUUCAUCGUACUGCAGUGCCGUCACGGGUGUGGGCCAGUGGGAGGAGCCGGGCCGGAGGUGCAGCUGCCAGCUGGGCAUGCCCGCCAGCUGGCCGGCUGGAUGUGGGAGAGGCACCGGCCACGAGGACCUGAAUGCCGUUCCCUUUCGGGGGGAAACGCAGGCACAGCUGGGCUCCCAGGACGGGCCUUGUCUCUCCCUGGCAACCAGAAGGAAAGUGGAAAUUGUCUGGGCCAGUUCUGGGAAUGCCCCUCAGUGGGGCAGCCGGCAUCCCCAGGGCCUGGCACUGGGGGAUGAGGCCUGCCGCCAGAGAGAGACGGUGGGCUUUGACCCUGAGCGGAUUGAGAGCUGGCUGGGCCAGACCUGCGUGGAGCAGGGCAAGCCAGAAGCGAUGCAGCCCUGCAAGAGGAGUCAGGCUGGUCCCGGCUUUGAGGAUGUGGCCGUCGUCAUUGAGAAGGGGCCUAUGUUGCAGCCCUUGGCUUUCUCAGAUCAACCUCGAGUGGGCCCCAGGAUCCUGGUCGGAAUAAAGAGGCUGCUGCUCUCUGCAGCUGGGCUGCUCCUGCUGCUCCUCUUCCUGGCCGGCACCUCCCUUCUCUCCCACGUUGAAACGCCCUGCUACACCCGGUCCUUCCAUUUCAUGCUGAAGUACGUCAACGGGCCACCUCCUACGUAGGCGUGCUGGGAAAAUGCCAACGAGAGCCCACGGUUUCCCCAGUGCCGGGGGCAGCUCCAAGAGGUAGGGGGCCAUUUCCCACCAUUCAGUGCCGCCCUCGGGUGGAUUUUCCUUGGGCAUCUGCCAUGCCAGAUACCAACCUCCCAGCAUUCCCAGCUAUGCAAGGAGCCUGCCCAGGAAAGAAGCACUUUUGGAUCCUUCCAGAGACUUCGGAAGAAGCUUAUCAGUAGUUUGAGACACCCAGAGCUGACCCAGACGCUUACGGCAGAAAGGAACCUCAAGAAAUCAGCUGGUCCCACCACUGCACCGAUCAAGGACCCCUUGUGGUCGUUGUCCUCGUUCUGCCAGCCCAGCCCCUUGGCAGGUCCACCACUCCCCAGGGAAUGGGGCUAGUCGGAAAAUUCUCCAUCGCAGCUGUUCUUCAACGGCAAAUCAGGACUCAACCCAACAAAACCUCCUGGGGGAAGUGGCUGCUGCUUGUGGAAAGUUCUGACUUUUUGUUCAGAAUCAAAGAACCACCCAAAACUCAGAAUAUCUCAGUUCAGAAAUGCUACCCAGGUGCCUCAUGGGAGUUGUAGUUUGGGUGAUUCUUAGUCCCUUUAUUAUGGGCUGCUCUCCCCAGCCAGCCUACAUCUCCCAUGAUGUACUGACACCUAUCUCCAAGAGGCAAGACCAUGGAGCAUGAUGGUAGAUGUAGUCUGGCCAGAGAGCCUAGCCUAUAGACGAGAAUGGGGACAUGUGAGACCUGAACUACACCUCCCAUAAGACACCUGGACAGCAUGUAUUGGGUAACUGUCUUAGUCCCUUAGGGGACUGGAACUGUUGCCGCUGUAGCCUUGAAGAUAGAUCUAGUAACUGGUACCAGUGGCACUGUAUGAGAGGAUGGGGGGAAUCCAUAGCAAUAGGUGGUCCCUGGUGCACCCAGGCCCAUCCAAAUCUGUGUCUGUGUGAAUGCCAAGUUUAAGUAAAUGUGUUUUGAAGUGAA